ACGUCGUCGAGCACUCCCACGGGCCCCCCCCCUCUCACUGGCAUCUCGCUCCUUCCACCGCCACAGCAGCAGCAGCAGCUCGCAUACGCCGGGCUGGUCUCCAGGCACUAGCGGCGCCUCCAACAGUGACCGCCGGCACCCUGCUGGAGGAGUCUUCGCCCGGGGGGAGCGGACUGGCUGUGUUUCGCGGGCUGCAACAGGAUCGUAUUAUGCGCUUAAAGAGUCGCGUCCCCGCCACUCUUAUGGAAGAAGCCCUGGUCCAAGAAUUCUGCCAAACGGUCCACUACAGUGAAAGGGACGCGUUUCGGGAGUCUUGAUGAGCUGAGAACCCUUUCCCAUCAAGAUUUCGGGCAGAGUACACCUACCUGCAUCUUCAUUACAUCAGUCCCGCGACCGCCACCACCACCUCUACCAACCCUCCACUCAUUUCAUUUCGUGCUAUAAAAUACAUUAAAAAGCAAAGGCUUUUUUUCACAUUUGUGGAAAAAAAGUUUUUAAAAUAUCCGCCGCAAGUCAACAUAACACGCUCGCACAGAGGGGAAAAAUGGUUGGUCUCCGGCCCACGGAUGUUCCGCCGACCGCGGCUGUGAAGUUCAUCGGCGCUGGCACCGCGGCGUGCAUUGCCGACCUCAUCACGUUCCCUCUGGACACGGCUAAAGUCCGCCUGCAGGUCCAGGGCGAGUGCCAGCGCGGAGAGGGGGCGGCGCGCUCUGCCGGCGUACAAUACCGCGGCGUGUUCGGCACCAUCGCGGCAAUGGUACGCACGGAGGGCCCGCGCAGCCUCUACAGCGGCCUCGUCGCCGGCCUGCAGCGUCAGAUGAGCUUCGCCUCGGUCCGCAUCGGCCUCUACGACUCCGUCAAGAACUUCUACACCAACGGCGCUGAACACGCGGGAAUUGGCUGCCGCCUGCUGGCCGGCUGCACCACCGGUGCGAUGGCCGUGACCUUUGCACAGCCCACCGAUGUUGUGAAGGUUCGAUUCCAGGCGCAGGUGAACAUGCUGGGCACCUCCAAGCGUUACAGCGGAACCAUGAACGCUUACAAGACCAUCGCACGGGAGGAGGGCGUCCGUGGCCUCUGGAAAGGCACCGGCCCCAACAUCACGCGCAACGCCAUCGUGAACUGCGCGGAGCUCGUUACCUAUGACAUCAUCAAGGACACCAUCCUCAAGUACAAACUGCUGACUGACAACCUGCCCUGCCACUUCGUGUCCGCCUUCGGAGCGGGUUUCUGCACCACGGUGGUGGCUUCGCCCGUGGAUGUGGUGAAGACGCGGUACAUGAACUCUGCCCCCGGCCAGUAUCGCAGUGCCUUCAACUGUGCCUACCUCAUGCUGACUAAAGAAGGAGCCAUGGCUUUUUACAAAGGGUUUGUGCCGUCAUUCCUGCGCCUGGGCUCCUGGAACGUGGUGAUGUUCGUCACGUACGAGCAGCUCAAGCGCGGCAUCAUGAUGGCCAAGCAGUCGUGGGAGGUGCCCUUCUAGAAGGAGGUUGUGUUCGGGCCCCCAACAGUCCGUCGUUCCGUGCACGUGACCAAGCACGGGAACGGCGGCCGAGUGGUGCAAGACAUUUCGUCGAACAGAACAACAACGCACGGCAAACAUUUUGCUCGAAAUAAUUAUUCUUCACGAUAGGGCUCAUUGCUGCAGCCGUUACUGCCCCUGAUCUACGUUUUCCCCAAAUAUUAAGUUUUUUUUUUUUUUGCCUGUGUUGCUCGUCAAUGUGAAACGCUUGCUUUGAAAUCCUUUAAUUCUUGUAAGUGGCCAAGUUUAAGUUGACUUGCGGUGGAGGGAAGAAUUCACGAGUUAAACCCAGACCAGGUUCGGGUCCUAUUCCACUAGUGCUCUGCCUUUAUCGUUUACGCCUUUGCCGCAUAUUCCAGGAUGUUUCGCAGGCAAAAAUAAUUAUUUUUCCUAUUUCUUUUUUUUAGUCUGUACUUUGAGUUUUUAUCAUUAAAUUGUUGUGCCUUUUUGAUCGCUGGUCGAAAUUAACUUUUUUUUAUUAGUGGCAGUCGUAAGUAGUACUGACUGUUUCUAGUACAUGGUGAUUAUUUAAAUUACUUUAGGAGGAUGUCUUCUGGUGAUAUUUGCACAGCUGAGGAAUCUUUGUGCUUAGACUUUGGGCAUUAACCAUACGAGGAUUUUAAUUUGCCUUUUAUAACAUUUGCAGCAGCUUCAACCUUUUUAAUGAACUUACAACCAUGUGUUGACCAGCAUUUUUUCGGGGUUUUUUUUACCUUGCGACAGCAUUGUUGAAUUAACCGUAUCACUUAUGCACAAUUGUAAGUAGACCAAAACUGUACGAUUGCUGAAUUUCGGAUGCUCGGUUAAGUGAGCAAUAAUUACUGUUUUUUCUUAAGGCUACAGCUGCUGGUACAAUUAGAGUGGUGUACGUCUUUCUCGAAUGGCUGAUUAUUUGCGCGCGUGUGGGAGGGGAGUACACGACUAUAAUUUAACGUUUACAUUUCAAACUAGCGUGUUUUCUAUGGAUGGUUCACAUUUGGCCGCACAAACGACAGGGUUGAAGAUAUUUGAAUUCCACAUGAAUAACUUCUCGUGGUCGGUUCUGAAUCCUGAUGUGUUUUUAUCUCCUGGUGCAUGCCUGAUUUGUGCUUCUCUGUGGUUAAUUUCUCUGCGAUGGCGUGUGAAAACUAACGGGGUGCUUUGUUGACACGUUUUUGAAACUAUGCACACGCACACCUUCAGUUUACCAACACAGCUUGCUGUGGGCGUUUUGAAAAUGUUGGUUUAAUUAAAUAAACUUGCAUGUUUUAAAAUGUACAAAUGAA